AGCCCUGUUGUUAGGAAUGAUCCGCGCGUCCUUCAGCGGGUAAAAUUAUGACCUCAGCAUGGCCGAUAAAGGUCCUCUUUUAACCUCCUGUAUCAUCUUCUAUUUAUCCAUCGGUGCGGCCGUUUUCCAAAUCCUCGAGGAGCCCAACUGGAUGUCCGUCAGGGACAGAUAUAUCCAGCAGAAGGAAAACAUUCUGAAGAACUACCAGUGUCUGACCCUGGAGGAUCUCGAUGAGAUCCUGGAGGUUGCGUCAGAGGCUGCAGGCCAAGGUGUGGCCAUCACCGGGGACAAUCACCGUAACACAUGGGACUGGGUCAACUCUGUCAUUUUUGCUGCCACCAUCGUCACCACUAUAGGUUAUGGAAAUGUUGCUCCGAAGACAAAGGGCGGCCGUGUGUUCUGCAUCCUGUACGGUCUGUGCGGGAUCCCCCUCUGUCUGGUGUGGCUCAGUGAACUGGGUUCCUUCUUUGGAGACCGAGCCAAACGUCUAUCUCAGGUUAUGAUUCGUAAAGGCAUAUCAGUGAAAAAGGUCCAGUUUACCUGCACAGCGUUAUUCCUCUUGUGGGGGCUGCUGGUGCACUUAGUGAUCCCUCCCUUCGUCUUCAUGUCCGUGGAAGGAUGGACUUACUUGGAAGGGAUUUACUUCUCCUUCAUCACACUCACAACAGUUGGCUUUGGUGAUUAUGUUGCAGGUGUGAAUCCGGAUAUCCAGUACCCCCGGCUGUACAGAGUGUGUGCUGAAAUAUGGAUUUACAUGGGGCUGGCCUGGCUAUCCCUGUUCUUCAGCUGGAACGUCCACAUGGUGGUGGAAGCCCAGAAACUGCUAAAGAAAAGACGACACAGGCGCCGACACCUGAUUGAACCCGAGCCCAUGGUGGAAAAACAAAACCUAGACAUAAAGCCGUCUGUGAUCGACAUUUUUAACUUCCUGUCGGAGAAGGACGAAGACUACAGCACCGUCAUCAAACAGAUUGGAAUUACGGCGAGGAUUAAAAAGCCGCCCGAGAACAUCAACCGCUCAAAAAGCUGCAGUGACAUCCUGGCCAUUCAGACCCUGGAACACUCGCCGCGCCGCAAACGCAUGAUCAGCAUCAGUGAGGCGUUUCUCAAUGCCAAGAUAGAGGAAAUUGAGCAGGAAGAGGCGCUUCUGGAGCAGGACAACAUUCAAGAGCUUGACUCCUCUGAUGUCGAGAUGAUGAAAGGUGACGGCGUCUUUGGACCUGAAAGCGAUGUUCUAGAGUUUUCUGCAUCAGUCAUAGAUGGUGAGAAAGAGGAGGAGAAUGUUCAGCAUCCGGAAGGUGGGGCCACUAGAUUUACAAUAUGCAAGGUGGCUGAGGAAGAAUUUCCAUUGAACUGUGAUGAUAAAGGGUAAAAUGUGUGUAUUCUGUCACCAAGACAGGAGCAGAGCUCCUGUCUGACCUUUGAAGAAGAUGAAAAUAUUUCAGCAAAAAAGGGUAGAACAUUUUCUAGAAUUCCUAAAACUGAACGAUGGACUGUGUUCUCAGAGAUUCUUCUACUUUAGAUUCAAUCGUUUAUGACAGACUAUGACUGUAACGAGGAGAUGAUGUUUCAGCCCAGCUUUGAAUUGCAUGAAUUUUUGUUUGAAAGUUUUAUAUAUUUUUUGG